CAGUGAGUGUGUGGGGAUUUACACAAUUCAAUAGAGGGCGCUUUACAGACACCAAAUUUUGCCACGGAUUCCCCAGACUUCUCUUCAUUUGCUUGGUUCCUUUUCAAAUUAUAUUGGCUCAAAGAACCUCAUUUUCGAGUAAUUUUUCAAACAAGUUCCGAAGUAAAACUUUAUUUUUGUAAACAUUAAAGAGCUGGAAUGUAUAUGUUGCCAUUUUUAAAAAACGAAAUGACCAGGCAGUUUCUUUUUUCAUGGGCAGUUGUAGUACCUCCAUGGUUGUAGUGACCUAGAAAAAGAUAAAGGUCAACUUGGUUUUGAGUUCCCAGUGUCGGUUGUGGAGCUGCUUGGUCUUUCUUCGCCGAAAUUUUGCACUCAGCUGUGAGCUUGAAAUUUGGAAUUUUCUUCAGUCUUGCCUACUUUUUCGCCUUUCCGUUUUGAGGGUCGAUGGGUACACCCAUACAGAUAAUAGAAUAACCUUCAUUUACGCCCACCUUUGACUUGACUCAUACCAUUUCUUUUGUAAUCGUUCAAAGUUUUUCAACACCAUUCAGAAAGUCUGCAUCUGUUAGGUAUCGUCGCAAGGGAAAAAAUCCAACGAUUGAAACAAGUCUAAUGAAAUCUGACAUUGUCUGACAACCGACCCAACUGGCCGGGCAUCGAUUCGCAUUGCAGGACUGGUGAAAAUGGAAAUUAUGAAUGGUCUGGUUCCUGAUGUAUGUCAGAAAACAUGGCGGAGCUUAGUAAAGUUUCUUGAUACUGAUACCGUGAAGGCUGUGUUCUGAUAAGGUUUUCCGCUGUAAAUUGGGAAACUUCCUGGAAACCGUCAUGAGCAAAAAUGACAAGCCCACUUUUAAGUCCUACUUAAAUAGUAGCCUCUUUGUUGAAUCCAAAAAGGAAAAAACUUCUAAGAGUAAGAAGGGACCAACAUUUCAGCUACAUAUUCCACCAGUCGACGACAGUCACGACGAAAUCCCAGAACCAGAGGCAUUUGUACACGGAGGCGAGCUGAUCAUUGGCCAAGCUCAUAAUGUUCUCAAGUUUGAUGCCUUCAGCGGUCUCAACAGGGGUAUAUCAGGAUCCUUGUAUUGCACCAACUUCAAGAUCAGCUUUGUUAGUGCCAAUAGACCCACCCAUCACCUGAUUGAAUUAGAUCGCAAAAACCAGCUCUUUAAAGAGAAUGACAUACCACUUACAUGUGUGGAUACCAUCUUCCAAGUAUCUUCUAGCAAACGAAAGCAGUUACAGCCUGGUACCAAUGCCUCAAGGAGCAUCAAAAUGGUGGAGAUUAAAUGCAAGAACUUCAAAGUCCACACGUUCAGCUUCAAGUUUACCAACAAAGGCCAGGUCAAGUCGGUGAUGAACACCAUUCUACACUAUGCCUACAUCACCAAUCUGCAUCGUCUUUUUGCCUUCUCCUUUGAGUUACCACUGUCAUCUUCAUCGUUAUCCUCUUCUAAAGCAACCAAUCAUGCAACAGACUCACAGAAUAUCAAAGGUGGCAAGGAGUGGAAGUCACUCAACGCUAAGAAAGCACCGAAGGUAGCACAGGUGACUGCAGUAUACCGGCCUUCCUCCCAGCGAAUAUCUGCCAUCAGUGACAUGCCUGAGAGAAGUGAACCUAUGGAGAGAGCAGGUCGGACACCACAAUUCAGACGAUAUGAAGACUGGCAAGAUGAGAUCGAUAGGACAGGAGCUAGGAAUUUGAGAGUGACUGCUGUCAAUCAGGACUUCAGAAUAUCAGAGAGUCUUCCAGAAGUUUUUGUGGUUCCAUCGGUUGUGUCUGAUGGGGAACUGAUCCAAGCAGCCCCACACUUUGAAGGCGGCAGAGUACCCAUGUGGUGUUGGAGUCAUAGCAAUGGGAGUAUGUUAAUGAGAGCAGUUCCACUUCGGGCUGAGACAGUCCAUUCAGACCAUGAAAUCAACAUGUUAGGCAGUCUAACCCUGAUCCAUCCCUCCAAGGCCCAGCCUGAUGUCUUGGAUCUCGGUCGACUUUGUCCAUCCUAUCGAGACAUCCAGACAAGCUUUCAGAGGCUUCAUGAACUCUGCAUGCCAGCACAAAAUAAAAAGAAUCUGAAAGAAUUCUGGAACUCAGAUAAAGACUGGUACAAUAACCUAGAUGCUACAAAAUGGAUGCAGAACAUAAGCAUGUGUAUGUCAGUGGCUGUGACUGCGGCAACUACCAUCUGUCAGAAUGAACAGACAGUGGUGCUACGAGAACCCAACGGUCGUGACACCUCCUGCAUUGUAUCAUCGCUGGUGCAGAUUAUCCUGGAUCCAUACUGCCGUACUCAGCUUGGAUUCCAGAGCCUGAUUCAGAGAGAAUGGGUCAUUGCUGGUCAUCCGUUCCUAGAACGCUGUGGUCAUCUCACUCCCAAUGACGGCGAAGAGGCUCCUACUUUCCUUCUCUUUUUGGAUUGCGUCAAUCAAAUGAUGCAACAGUUUCCUUCUGCCUUUGAAUUCACCGAUACCUACCUCAUCACCAUCUGGGACAGUACCUUUGCUGGCAUCUUUGGGACCUUCCUCUUCAAUGGCGAGAGGCAGCGAGUGCGGACAUGUAUGCAGGAUGCAGAGAAUCCAAUAAGGUUAGCCACGGUCUGGGCAUGGUCUCUACAAUACAGUCGAGAGGACCAAGCCCUCUUCAACAAUCCUAUGUACAUUGCUAAGCAGAUCCUGGCUGAGAAAGUACCAAGGUUCAGGCCGUCCUCACAGAAAGAAGUAGAUCACAUGGAAGGAUGUAAUCCAGCGCUGUAUCGCUUCAGAGCCCGGACGGCCAAACGGACUAUACUGGAUGCCAAAUAUGGUAGCAAAUCCCAGGAUGACUCUGCACUGUCCACGCCGGUUCACUUACGAGAUAAAAACCUUAACAUCAACGGAGCCAAUUCCACUGGAAAUAGCCGUUCAUCGGAGCUAGAUCCUAACAUGAUCAUUCCACAGACUGGUCCACCGUUUAUCAAGUUCUGGACUCAAUGUUACCUGCGUUGGUUGCCUAGUGCCCACAUCGUUGGUGGGGGUUAUCCCCAAGUCUACAAGCAACAUUGCCAAGUAGUGGAUGAGAUACUGCAACUCAAGGAGAAGCUUGAUCAGCUGCGAGCCCGGAAGAUGAAUGACGUAGUGCGCCGGCCCAAGCGAGAAAGUCGGUUGUACUUCACCUAUGAGGAUAACACCAGAAACCAAGGCCUCCUGACGUCAGCGUUCCCUUUCUCAAUAAGUGACCUGAGCUUGAUUGGUGGGGAUCGGAGAUCGUUUCUUGGCACACCCCUAGCGAGGUUCCUGCGAGGUCAAAGCCUUAUGCAGAGUGAUAUGUCAAUGCUAACAGCAACUGAUGCCGAAGCUAAUGAUGAAGUGGAAUUGUAAGGACAUCACUAAAUAUCCUGAUGUCAAUCAAGAUGAUACAAAUAAUGAUUGUUUCUGAGUAUAGUGGUAACAAUAAUUUCAGGAGGUAAUAGAUGGAAUGGAACAUUCAUCUGCCACGGAAUGAAAUUAUUCUUUUCACUGAUAGGAUGAAAUAUGUUCAUUAUUUUUUUUAUGCAACAUCUGAAUAAUCCUGAAUAAAUUCCCUGAAUAACCUGUGAGUUCGGAACUUUCUUGCAACUGUUGCUGGAUACCUGCAGAAUGGAACGCUCCAUUUCAUUCUUGCGGUACAGCCAUAGUGUGAUGAAUGAUUCAUGACUCAAGUGACUAUCCACCUAUCAGAUGAUCAGUAUUUAUUCAAGUUGUUUUACAUUGUAUAUUAAUGAAUGAGGGAGUUGAACCUUGUUGCAAUGGGGUAGACCAAUGCCCUCAUCUUAUUCCUGUGAUUUCAACAGAAGCUGUGUCAUAGCUUACUCAAAGCUGGCAUUAUGAUGCAGCAUAAAUGAAAAAAAAAAUCAUGAGAAACUGUUAGACAUUGCGAGAAAACUGCUUCUUCAACCCAAAAAAGUGAAGGUAUUGUAUUCAUGGGUUUUUUCUUUCAGUAAAGGUUUUUGUUGUUUUUUGGUUAAAGUAGAAGCUUUGUUGCAGAGCCACACAGUUUGCAUUGAAUAGCUUAUGAAUCAUGGUAGCAUUUACAGAAACAGAGACAAAAAUCAUGGACAGGAAAGAGUAGUGAGUUGCCAAUUUUAAAUGUUGUCAAUUUACUUGUGAGAGGAGUUGAUUUCAAGGAUUCUUCACAGGUUUCUUGAAAGAUUGAUCUAAGGAGUUUUAUUUUCUGAUUUCUUUUAAGGAAAGGGAGGGUCAGGAUCCACACCUACAUGUUAUUUAUGAUAAAGUGAUUUGCUGUGUAUCAUUUGGCAAUCAGUAUCAUUUAUUCUGGUGCCUUCUAAAUGCCAUCUGGCAACACGGAAAUGAAACAUUUGUCUCAACGUUGUACAAAGACAAAUUAUCUCAUAUCUUUUGUAAACGGAAGCUUGUGAGAAAUUGAAUAUUUUGUAAAUCUAGGGAGUUGAAAAGUACAGUGUCAAUAAUAUAUAUUUCGGUGUAACUACAGAUGUGGGCUGCAACUUUUUAACUGACGUGAUUUUUUUUCUGUCUUAUCUUUGAUAUUGGAGUGUUUUUAUUUCCUUUUGGAAGAACUGGUCAGUUCAGAAGUUGGCAUUCUUCACUGUGGCUUACAUUCCCAUGCAGUGUUCAGGAUGUCGGAAGAGAAAUCUUCAUUUGGAUCAGUCAGUAUUCCGUAUAGAAUGCCACAAGUGUUCCUCAUCAUACACUCCCUCAGAGUUGGUGAUUGCAAAUACAGAUCAUUGUUUUGUUAAACAUUUGACUUAGUAUUUAAAUGCUAUUUAUUCAAUGGCGAUAGAUUCAUAGCUUUGUACAUAUUAAAACCACUCAGUUAUGUUGUUUUAGUUGUUAGAUUUAUUAAGGAAAAGCUUUUGCUGUUAGCCAUGUGUUAUAGUCCAAUUUCUUCACAAGAAAAAUUCUUAGAGAUUUGGUUUAAUUUGCUUGAUAAUAUUUCUGCAGGCAUUGAUGACUUAAGUAAAUUGCGAUUUCUGUGUUGAAAAUGUGCAAUGCAAUGAAUGCGCUCUGUAAGCUUUUAAUUAAAGUUUUGUUCUAUAUAGCAUACAAGCCUGUACUAAUGGGAAUAUAUACAGUGUUUAUAAAUGUAUACAUCAGGUAAGGGCAAAACCUGUAACAUCUUCCCCUAUACAAAGUACAUCUUGAAAAACAGUUGCAAACAGUUUGUCGUGUAUAUAUGUUUGUUUAUUUGUCACUCUGUCCAAGUCUAUUAAAACCCAAUACAAGGUUCAACAGAUUUUAAAGGAUUCAGAACUGGACAAGCCAACCUAUGUGUACUUUGAACUUGACAUGGGUUGUUGAUGGUACAUACACGUAUUAUGGAAUAGUGUAAUGUUGCUUGAAAUCAUAGUAUUGGAAAUAGGCAGAUUAGCUGGAUUGCAGGAAACUUAUCCUUGGAAUAGAGGGAUUUCACUUCACUUUUCAGUGGUUCCUUGCCGUUUUAAAGGAAAAGUUACAAAAUACCAACUGCAUGGGGUCUAUUUUAGCCAAUGGAAUAGCUAUAAUAUCUCCUUCAUAAACAAUGUCUUUAACGACCAGGGAGAGAUAGGCUUUUAAGCCCAAGGCUUGAUUAAUUAACAGCGCCCUCAAUGUAAACUCCUGUCUUCUGGCAAUGGGGGGAUUCAGCUUUGUUGUGUGUGCAGCUGUUUGUAGGCCUGCAAUGCCCAAACUAAAUGGACAAACAUCUAAGUGUGGUUCAUUAGCAAACUGGUCAAUACUCCUGAGCAAAUUAUGUGUAGGAAAAAAAAUUCGCUGAGCUGAAAACUUCAAAGUCUUGGGUUACAAAUAAAGCAAAGGUGGGACUGGAGACAAAGCCGGCAUUUGGAAAACCCCAGUGACUAAACUGGGGUUGUUAUGAAUUAAAGUUCCUAAGCAUUUCAAGCAUAGAUUUCUUGUGUAAAAUUUAGAAAGCAGUUGAGUUUGUCAGCAUUUAAGGAUUUAUUUCUGGUUAAAUAGGAGGCUAAAGAAACUUAAAGAGUGGAAAUCAUUUCUGGAUUCAUUAUUGUACAUGUACAUGGAAUUAAUCAUCCUUUGGACAGGAGUAUUUGUUGUAAUUUGGGAUUUGAUCUGUUGGUUUGAAGUGCUGAAAUCACAACAAAACAAAAUGAAAAAACAUGAGCAUUUCUAGAAGAAAUCUAUUUUUGCAAAUUGUCACAUGUAUGGAACCAGAAGAGGGCAGGUAGAUUGGUCUGUUAGUUGAGUGUACCUGCUUUGAUCUGGUCCAAGGCUUUAUGGUUGACUUAUGUGGGGUGUAUAUCUGUGUGUAUAUAUGAAAUUAAUUAAAUGUAUUCAAGUGAAAAGGAAUAUGGCAUUACUGAGAGAGUCUAAAAUAUUAGAUUUGUCAAAUGUUACUAAUGAUUUUCUUGUUACUGGGAGAAGAAACAGAAACAGUAAUCCAAUAGUGAUUAUAUAUUUCAGCUGUUGUCGAUGUCAAACAAGGUAAACAUCCCAAACUCAAAAGCAAGUUGUUGAAUUUUACUUUUUUUUUCAUACCGGAAUGAUCAUUUGAUCAAGCAUUAAUUGUUUAAGAACUUUAUUGAAUUGGCACAACUCAAAAGUUUGUGUAAGAAUGAUUUUGUUGUGUUUAUGUUGAUGAUAAUAAAUUCCUCCCAGUUAAUUUUGAAUAUCACUUUA